CAGAGAGCAAGAGAUGAAAAGAGACAUUGUCGCGGGGAGGGAAGGGGCCAGUGGCCAGUGUGUGUGGAACACAAGGAGGCCAUGCACACUCCCAGAGGUUCCCAGAUAAGACCUGGGAAGUGGCCUUCACCCCAAGGUCGCCUGGAAAGUGUGAGCCAAGCUCUGCCCCCGCGCCCAGCGCAGCCAGGGCUUCAGGACCACAGGAGACCCUCCCCCAGCUCUGGGCUCUCCAUGCCCGGCAGCCCCAUUUGAUGGCCUUGGGAACUUGGUGUUCCUGACAAGAAAGGGGGUGGCUGGCUCUUCUCCAGCUCUCGUCUCCAGGGUAGAGGCCCUGAAGGGACAGGCUGGCGAAACAGCCGGCAUUUCCAUGUUCUGGAACCAUCUCUCCUCAGAAUGGCGCCUGGUGGACUUCUGAGAGUCCUGGUGCUCUUCAUCCUCUUCGUGACUGUCCAGGGACCUGGCCUCAGUGACCGGUUCUUUCCCAAAAAGUGCCCCAGAAUCAGAGAGCAAUGUGAAUUCAGAGAGAGGGACCUGUGCACCAAAGACAGGCAGUGCCCGCACAACCAGAAGUGCUGCGUCUUCAACUGCGGGAGGAAGUGCCUUGACCUCCAACAAGAGUCGUGUCCCAAAGUCAGAGUAAAGUGUGAAAUCGAAGAAAGAAACCUAUGCACGAGGCACAGGCAGUGCCCAAAUAAUAUGAAGUGUUGCAUGUUCAGCUGCGGAAAGAAGUGUCUAGACAUGAGAAAAGACAUCUGCAGCAUGCCCAAGGAGGUGGGGCCCUGCAUGGCCUACCUCCCGCGCUGGUGGUAUAAUGAAGAGACCCAGCUCUGCUCCAGGUUCAUCUACGGUGGUUGCCAAGGGAACAACAACAACUUCCAAAGUGAGGCUAUCUGCAUGGUCGUCUGCCAAAAAAGCUAUGAUUAAAGGCCACGGCAGCCUGAGGUCCUUGCUUGUCCACAGGAGGAGGAGGAGCUGAAGCCACGUGGGCCUGACCCAGGCUUCACACUGGCUUCCACUGUCACCUGCAGCCACUCCGGUGUCGGCUGCCCCAAACACUGACCCCCAGGACUUGCUCACUCCCUUUUCUCUCCUCGGCUUCUCUUCAAACACGGUGGCCUUCACCCUUUGGGCCUCCCUCAGUGUGAAAUCUCUUCAACCUUCAGGAUCCCCAUUUAUUCCUACGAAGCCUCCAGUUUCCCCUAUUAAAGUGUCUGAGAGCCCGUA